GCCGCUUCCCAUCGGCUGCCAGCAAUGAGGGAUAGACUGGGCUAUCCCUCCGUACAGCAACAUCAUUCUUUAUGUUGCUGUACUGAGGGAUAGCCAAGUCUAUCUUUCUUGGCUAACAACCUAACCUUCGGCCUCCAAGACGCAGGUAAAUUUUCGUGCCUUAUUUUUGGGUAAAAAAUAGCGUCUUCAUUGCCGUCAAUUCCCGUACUGUACAGUCCGGUGUGGUGUUGAGCUUCUUCAUCAUUGUUGGAGCUGCACUAACCCAGGCAAGUGGAGAGUUUUCCAUCACUCUCCUGACUUGAGCCUUGUAGAUGGUGGACAGAGUGAGGAGGUAAAUUUCUCACCACGGGAUUCCUAGCCUCUGACUGCUCUUGUUAAUUGUGUACAUGGCUGCUUCAGUUUUUGGUCAGUGGAAUCCCCAGGAUAUUGAUUGUGGGGGGGGUUUCCGUAAUGGUAAUGACAUUCAAUAUCGGGAUGAUCGCUGUUUUUUAAAAUCCUAUUUAUAGAAAGCUGACCAUUUUAGUUUUAUUUCACACUGAAAAUAUAUUCAUUUGCUAGAAUAGAUGCACAUCAAAUGCUUUCGACUUUUAUUUUACUUGCAUUGUACAACAUUUCAGGUGAUAUUUUCAGUAAUAACAUGACCAAAUUGAAAAUUUAUUACAGGUAUAUGCAAAUGUAUAGAUUUACACAAUUUGAGAUUCAAGUUUGAUUCCUCGUCAGAUGUUGUAUUGGGGAAGACUUGUGCAUGGUUAAGUCCCUGACUAUAUAAUAAUUGGUUUAAUAAUGCACUUGUCAAGAUAAGAUUGUGCUGAAGCCAGACGAAUCUUUGUGAGCUGGUCCCAGAAGGAGAUCUGCUAUCAUUCAUUACAAUCGCUCCACAGUUUUAAACCUUUACUUCAACAGCAGAAUUUCUUACACAAAAUCUGCCACACUGUGGACAACUUGCUUAAUUGUAAUCAUUUAUAGUUUCUUUGCUAACUGUAAAGCAAUCAACAAAAAAGCUUUUCACUAUUCCGCGGUACUCAUGACAAUAAUAAAUUAAAUUAAAUGUCCUAAGGCAACCGGUGUAGUUAGUUACUGAAAAUGAAUUGCAAGGCACCAAGAUGCUUUGGCAUGUGUUAUGAGGAUGCCACACUAGUUAGACGGCGAGUCUGGGAAUGCAAUUUAUGACAGUUAUUUUAAUUUUUUAUUUCAUUUUCAAGAUAUGAGUGUUACUGGCAAGGUCAGCAUUUAUGGCCCACCCCAUUAUCGCUAAACUGACUGGCCAACUCUGCCAUUUCGGGGAGCUUUUUAAGACUCAAUCACGUGCAAAUGAAAGUGAAGUGGCAGUUGGUUAUAAUGAUGCAGCCCAAAACCAAAUGACCAAAAAAGAAGAGCAAAGCUUGUAAUAUGUUACUGAAACUUAAAGGGGAACUAACAGAAACUUAGCAGAUGUUUGACUAAACGUUUCCUUCACGUCACAGCAACAGGUUAUUCAGAAGUGAGCAGUCAAUAUCUGUAGAUGUUCAACAAACAGAAUAACAAUCCAGCUAUUCUAUACUGAUGAAGCCUUUCAGAAACCUGGUGCAUAGACGGCUGCACAUGCUGAAUGUUAAAAGCAGGAAAGACUUCAACAAAUGGGAGCAUGGAUCGGUUGUUUUCUUGUCAUUUAUGAUCCUUUGCUUGUUGAGCUUGGCAGUUAUCCAGAUUGGAAGCAAAUUAACGGAAAAUCCUCCAGGCAUUGACAAAGCUUGGAAAGAACAUCAUGGCACAACUUGUGGUGAUCCUUGCAGGUUUGUUCUUGUAGAGACUGUCCCUGAUGGGUUGGUCUAUGCGGAAAAUGCCACAGGAUAUCAAUCGAUAUACAACUCCUGGAUGAACCUGAUCAAAAUGGCCAACAACAGCCUGGACAUUGCUGCAUUCUAUUGGACUCUUACUGGAAGUGAUAUAAAUGUGACUGAUCCUACUUCUAAAUAUGGUGAAAUUAUCCUUGAAGAACUGGGGAAAUUGCCAUCGAAGGGAGUCAAUGUGCGUGUUGCAUCAAGUAUGAAGAAAUUCCCACAUCAAUAUUCCACCGACCUUGAAAUCCUGAAAGAGAAAGGAAUUCAAAUCAGGAAAGUGAAUUUUGAAAAAAUAUCGAGUGGUGUGCUUCAUUCAAAACUCUGGAUUGUUGACAACAAACAUAUUUAUAUUGGAAGUGCUAAUAUGGAUUGGAGAGCAUUAACUCAGGUGAAGGAACUGGGAGCUGUGAUAUACAACUGCAGCUGCCUUGCCAAUGAUUUUGCCAAAAUAUUUGAAGCUUAUUGGAGUCUUGGGCUGCCAAAUGCCACCAUUCCCACACCAUGGCCAUCUUCUUAUUCCACAAAGUUUAAUAAAGAAACACCUCUUGAGGUUAAACUGAAUGGAACUGCUGCAAAGGUGUACUUCUCAAGUUCUCCUCCAAGGAUGUGUCCUAAUGGCCGGACUACCGACCUUGAUGCUAUUCUCAGUGGCAUAAAUGCUGCCAGACUGUUUAUCUUUAUUUCUGUCAUGGAAUAUUUUCCAACAUCACGUUUUCUAAAGCAUAUACUAUAUUGGCCGCUUAUUGAUGACUCACUGAGGAAAGCAGCUAUAGAGCGUUGUGUUCACAUCCAACUUUUGGUCGGUUACUGGAAGCAUUCAGAUAAAUCCAUGCUGGCCUAUCUUCAGUCACUGCAGGCUCUAAGAGACAUCAAGAAAGUCCAUUUUGAUGUGAAGCUCUUCAUUGUUCCAACGGGGAACUUUAGCAACAUUCCUUUUGCAAGACUGAGUCAUGGCAAAUACUUUGUAACAGAAAAUAUUGCAUAUAUAGGUACUUCAAAUUGGUCUUUUGACUAUUUCAAUUCUACAACUGGCGUGAGCUUGCUGAUAAAUCAGACUUCAGAAGAUAAGGAAGAGGCUGAUAAUACAGUUCACCUUCAGCUAAAAAAUCUGUUUCAAAGAGACUGGAAUUCUAACUAUUCCAUAACGCUGGACGACUUGAAAGAUUAGUUGAUUUUUGUGUAAAAUUAAUGGUUAAAAUGAUUCUUUGUAGGUGCCUUCAGGGUGAAAGACUAACAGGAUCUUUUGAACUCAUACUGCCUCUGUCUCCCAUGCUCCUCUUAAACACAAAGGGUUAAGAGUGCCACAGCAGUAGAGUACAACGCCGGACACCUGGGUUUGAUCCUGACUAUGGGUGCUGUCUGUACGUAGUCUGUACGUUCUUCC